AUGACGUAUGACGCCAUCGCAAUCUCCAUCCAGACAUUUACCAAUGGCAGUUACUUAAACACCAAAUCCUCGCCUUCCAAUUCUGUUCUUCCAAUCAACAAACCACCCAUUUCUCUUACCGACCUACAGAAUCAAAAGCCAAAUACAAAUACCUCCACACAUAGCUCAACUCCCUCUAUUCUCUACACUCGGAAACAAAGAAGCUCCAAAUCAUCAAAAAUGUCCGCCCCCAACUCCGGCCGCCAGUCUCCUCCCCCGGAGCGCCAAACUGGCUCCCAGCAACAGGACCCCGUUGCUUCGGGACACACCCAGCAUGGCAUUCAUGGUGAUUCCAAGGGAGCAUCGGAGGAUACUAAGUUCCAUGGACUUGAGAGUAACCCGAAACAUCCUUUGGAGGAUAUCGAGGCAAAGAAGUUCACAAAGGGCCCGGGGAAUUAA